AUGAGCUCGGGCCGCAAUACAUCGGAGGACACCGAUGGGGCAGCACCGAGGAAGCGGAUUCUCAGUUCGUCAUCCCCUCCCUCGAGUUCGACGCUGGUGGUGGUGGUUUUUCAGUCGAGUCUCGAGGAAUUGAUGCUUGAAGCCACCCGUCACCGUUCUCUGGUCCCCCUGCGGGACGCCAUCCACUACGCGCGCAUGAAUGGUCACGCAGCAGGUGACAUCUUUCACGCGUUCGUACUUGCUUGUGAUUCGCUGCAUGGAAUGCGGCAGAGCCGCCCGCUGCUUUUGCGGAGUCUAAAGGACUUGGCCAAGAUGGCAUCGCUCCAAAUGAUACCCAUUACCCCCACCGUUGUGCAAGUUAUCUGCAAUCUUGUGCGUAAGAUGCUCGGAAGCGCGCUCCCCAACACCAACACGGCGGUUGCCACAUCACAGGGUCCCCAUAGUGCUUCCAAAGAUAAUCUACAACACGGAGUCGACAGCGCCACAGCCACUUCCAGUGCCCGGCACCGGAGUGCCUCAGAGGUACGAGUUGGUGCAGCAGCAACAGAUUUUGAGAGACUGGGAAGUACAAAGUACGGCGCUAGUAAUUCCUCCUUUCACGGCGGCGAAGCGGCUGGUGACCUUGUGCCGUCACCAGCAGCUGAUGACGAGUUGCAGAUCAGUAUUUUGCAGAUGCUCAUGUCUUUUCUCUCCGUGUGUGAGCUAAGCAAUGCAGGGCUUGCGGAUCUUAUGGGCGUAAUUUUUACCAUGUAUAUACAGUCCACGCCAGCGUCUGUAGUGGAGGCGUCCUGCGCCGCCACUAUUGAGCAGCGUACAAUUGCAGUACUUGAAAAACUUCAAAACAUUGGAGGUGGGGAUCCUAUCCGAGGUUCCGGGGACGACAACAUUAGCGCUGGAAGUUCGGCAGUCCCACUACAAAAGGCCAAGUUGGACGUCACGGACACGAAGGAGAGGGACGAUUUGUUUACUGCGCGGAUACAGAUGGUAGCUUACGUGAAGGAUAUAUGUGCGCUCUGUGCUGAUACGGCGCCUAAAUGGCUGAAGAUUGGAAUGCACUGCAGCAACAGUGCUGGUCAGGAUACAGAGGGCGGGGUUUCCGACGCUAGUUGGGCCGUAGCACCUUGGCGAUUGCGCGUCUUGCUCCUCGAAACACUUAUUAAGUACUUUGAAACUCACAAGGUUACAUCCUCUCGUGAUGUAACUAUCUUCUUUGUGCAAUGUCUUAAUCAAGACAUCGUGCCACUCGUUCUAAGACGCAUGGACAGUUGCGACGGUUGCUCCGCCUCGCCUCAAAUGCCCGGGCAGAAAGAUGAUGGAAUUGUUGAACUUAUCCCAGUGACAGACGAUGAUGAACAUCAACUUAUUCUCACACAGAAGCUGAGUGUGACACUCCUCUCAAAUGCCCUUCCACUUUUACAAAACACCAUGCAUGCGAUCCUUCGACACAACGUUUCUUGUGUGGCGCGCUGCCUGGGGGAUGUGGAUCGCAAGGUCGAAAAUCAUUGCGCGUUAUCACUCUUGUCACUGUGGCGCAAGCAGGUCAGCAACUAUAAGGUGCUGCAGCAACUGUUGUUGAUCGCACCGGAGAGCAAUAGGUCCUUCACGGUGGUGAAUGAGGAUUCAUCGUCCCAGCAAGAGUCACAUAAAUUUUGGCAUGAUGUGCACUUUAAUCCAGACUCGGGGUGUGUCAGGUACGGCUCCACCACACUCAGCGACGGCAUGGAACCAUCGCGAUCGUCUUCGCUUCAGUCCCAAGGGCCCGGUUAUCCGCCUUUUGGUGACUCUGAGAAGUUGCUUCAGCCCUUUGCAGAACUUGUUGCGGCGGCUUCACGACUACUCACGAGGAUGAUUACUGCUGUCGAAGAUGGGGUGCUAGAAAGUGUCCGUGUGGAUCCACUGCCCGAAGGAUCAAAGAGCGUGGGUGAGCUGCUUCCGUCCCCCGUGACUACAGCUUCCUUUCUCAAAUCUCAUUUUAGAGCAGUCCUGCGGUCCCAAAGACUGUUGCAACAAAGAGUGUUCGGGAAUGCCCAAGAAGGUGAGAACAGCGACCACGGUGCACCCAAGGUCCCCCCCGCCACUACUGCUACAGAUGCUCGUCCUUCCCACCCCAAAGUGACGGGGGCAAGAGAUAUAUUGGAUUUCCUUGCGAUAUUCACACAAACUCUCGCCCACAUAGUGGAGGUGCUCACGCGGGAAAAAGAUAGUGUCCCAUUAGGGGAGAUGAAAUCUACCUUCAUCAGUUUGCAUCCUUUUCUUUUCCGUAGUUUCACCCUUUCGGCACAAAAAAUGAGAAGGGGCGGGGUCAUCUACACUGUGAUGAGGGGGAUCACGAACAUGGUGUAUAUUUCUUGCUUCUUGCGCCUUCCUGAAAUACGAAACAGCUACCUUGGGGUGUUCCGUAAACUGCUUAGUCAAGAGCGUGGACAGGAGGAGGUGAGUGGGGUGGUAAGGCGCCAACAAGAGGGUGCAGAAAGGCACGCGCCCAGCACACAAGGGUUUGGUUCGGAUGCCGACACCGUGGCGAAACUCGUGGACUGCUCCCUGGAAGUACUGGAGGAGAAACAGUAUAUUUUGAACUGUGUUGUAUCUAUAGCAUUCAACAUAGGUGGUGGUCUGGGUGACGGGUGGUGCGGCGUCGUGUCGUGUUUGCUCUUCACUCCGCAAGUUUUGCACGAUCUUCAAAAAACCAUUCAACGGCAACAACACGCCAACGUCCCGGCAAAGGAAGGAGUUUCUCGCGACACCGCACACGAUGUGGAGUACUUACAGGAUGCGCUGCGGGCCCUCUUCGUUAAUUGUGCACUUUCCCCAAGUGGCGAAUCCCUGUUGAAUCUUCUGGCAAACUUCGUGAAGGAGGCCUGCAAUAGCCUGCCCUUGGGUGCCGAAGGCUGCGAGGGAAAUAUCGGUGUCAGCACCAGCUAUCUUUCAUCGCUUCAACUUAUAUGUGAGUGCUGUUCAUUGGCUCUGCUGGUGGGAGCGGGCCGCAGUGAUGAGCUUCCCCCAAAGCUCUUUCUGCAGUUGUGGCGGCCGGUACGGGUGUUGUAUCAACGAUUGUUUAGCCCUCAGCACCUCAUGCUAUUGGUGAAAGCCUCCGCCACAGUUGAAGAGUUGAAGUCGGUACUUCGGGAUAUAUUGGAAAACGUCGUAGUCGUUGCGGCGCAGCUUUGUCGCUAUACCCAUUGUGACGGAAAAGCUGAAUAUUACUUGAUCCAUAGAAAAUGUGGAGCAGAUGCCGUAUUGGGUGGCGAACUGCUCGUUCAGCCCUUGACUUUAGGGCCGUUCGCCAACACAGGACUCGUGACUCUACUUUCCCGUCUCAGCAGUUUGUUGGGUCAGCCCCAAUUGGCAUUCCCAGAAGAUAGCGAAUCCUUUUCCAACAUUAAUUCUCACUGCGUGAGCACCGAAGGGAACAGUGCUGAUGAUGAUACAAGGCCAAGGGUGUUGUCAUCGGUGACAGAGUUGUUAGACACAAUAUACAGUAGUUUGCGCAAGUUACCGUUUGUGGCUCCAGCCGUAAUUUCUACUGUUGGCGUUGGUGGCGGCACGAACACGGCAUGUGACGACGUUGAUGUGCUGAAUACACUGUCGGGCGAUCUGUCGCUGCUACUCCUCAAAGAGGUUUUAAAGCUUAUUCAGGGAUUUGGCGAAGAUCUAUGCGGCCUGCCGUGGGAACACCUUUUACGUUUAUUACGUCGGUCAGUCACUAUGCACGAUCCCGUUGAGUUAAUGUCAUCGUUAUCGUCGAGCGAAGCCAGAGCGUUAGCAGGGUUGACGGAAGCAACGUCAGUCAAAUCUUUCCAUGUGCCAACGGGUGUAAAGCAAGGUAUCGGCGUGGCGUUUAGAACGCUGGAAACCGUCCAACACUCCCACAUAACAAGUUUGAACGGCGCUGGAUUGCGGGAAUUAAUUCGGUGUGGCGGGGCUUUCAUGACGCACCGUUUGCCUCAGGGUGAGGAACAAAGGUUGAACAUUAACCUCAGUGCCGUGCAACUGUUGUGGUCCAUCGCCGACUACAGCGCCUCCUUAGGGCAUCUACAGGAUGGAGAGGCGGACGACAACGGUGGAAAUGCUUCCACUUCCGACAGUCAGUAUGGUGGUGUAACUUAUGACCUCUUGUGGUGCACACUGCUGCUGCAGCUGUAUGACGGAUGCCUCGACUUGAGGCCUGAGGUUCGGCAAAGCGCCCUCAAGACGCUUUUUUCACUUGUUCAGGCGCACAGCAAUCGACUUUAUGCGGAUUCAUGGCGCACAUUCUUGCGCGAAGUGUUGGGUCCCCUAAUGGACAUUGUUUUGGAGGCAGCAAAAAGUUGCGCAGCGGCCCCUGACUUCUCAGCUGCACCAAGUGUCCCUCUACAGGGGGCCAGUGAGCCUGAUGAUACGGCGCACCUUCCAAAAUCCAACCGUCAAAAUAGUGAAGGCCAUCGAGUGACACAGCUCUUGAAACAUUUUAACGACACUCCAACAUUCUUAGACGAUGUCCGUGUGACAAUAAUGGAUUCGGUAUACCGGGUAUUCAUUUCGCACCACUCCGCGAUGCACAAAGCACUUGUCACACAGGCCAAGGUGGAGAAGCAGCGCGUGGAUGGAGAGCUUCUGCUACGCAAAACGUUGUCACAUUUUAUUGAUGUUUGUGCGGCGUCUCGACUCGUGUCACGAUCCACGUCCGGUGAGGUUGUUGCGCUCUCUGCUACAAGGGCAUUGCACGGAUUGAUGGCUUCACUCAAAUCAUCAACAUUAGCACCGGACCAGGUGCCUCUGCUUCUGAGGGAGGAGCGUGAGGCAGCGUGGUUGGCCGUCGAGGGUUUGAUUCACCGCGACAGUGAGUCCCUUCACACAGCAAAUGCACAGUGUACGCCUGCUGUUGUCAGCACCAUUGUAAGUGCACUGGGCGAUAUUGUGGUUCUUCAGCGCAGCAAUGCCUCGCAACCCACAACCCCGGGCUCAUCUGGACAACAGGAAGAGGCCCCUGUUUUUGCUUCUUCAUUGUUUGGUGCCCUGCGUCAGUCGUUUGCGAAUGAACCACGGAGCGAAGAAAGUAAGGUAGAUUCAUAUGAUUAUUUUCCUCGGUAUCUUCAACUUUCAGAGGUAUGCCUUCGGUCCCAUGCAGUGACAGAAGCCUAUUUUUUCCCCUCGAGGGUUCAAGUGGCCUUGCUUGAUGUGUGGAAACGCUUGUGGAUAUUUCUAGGCGCGGAGGAGCGAGGUGCUGUCGUGGGCGUAGUGAUGCGGCAGUUUCCCACAGAGGAAAUUGUCAUCACCUUCGUCGGCCAGAAAUUACGCACAUCCCAAACUAAAAGGUCCAAUGUGCUAGGCGGUGGUGCGGGGUUGGAUGAUCUUUUGGGUCAACAAGAGCCAAUUUCCCUUCGCCGUACUUUCCCCCCCGGUGCGCACCCCAACUUUCUUAUGGACCUCAUGGGCUUUCUUUACUUCAUCACCAAUGACGAAGGCUCCGCGAAGCAAACUGAACGCUGUCAAUCUUCUGGAAGUGUGAAGGACAGCUUGAUAACUCCAAUGAUACCUGCAAUAAUUCGUGGAGUUGGUGUGCUUCUGUUAUUAGAGUACGCUUCCCCAGAUGUGCUUGCCACACCGUGCCGCGGGUUAUUGUACCAUAUCCCGAGCGAAUUCUUUAACCGCGCAGAAAAGUGCCUUGAAAUGCUCUUAGUGGAUGUUUUGUGGAAUGUCGACAAACAGGACUCAUCGGCAACAGCGAUUACGACUGAGGGCGCGGAGAGCACCCUACACAUAAGCCGCCGUGAAGGCCUUUUGGCGUUUUGCUCCUGUUUUGCUUCGCUGACGUCACUAGCACGCGUGAUGGCGGCAGCUGUCGAAACUGGGGCGAGUAGCACGACUGAAGGGAAGUAUCCAGAAAACCUUGUCAACGCACUGCAGCGCCUCGAGCGGCUGGUUUCGCUGCUUGGAAAACUUAUACCAUAUGUUAUGCGCUACUCUACCGAUGUGAGCGUGGUUACUGAUGCCUUACAGGUACUUGUGCCGGUUUCUUCUGCAGAAUCAUCGUUAUUUGCCGGCGUGGCACGCCGCAGUCUGUGCCUUCUCCGACAGUGGUCCUUGUCGUCGCCGAGCGGUGGGCCGAGUUGUGAGAGGGAAAAACAAAAGGGUAUUCCCCAGGAACUUCAAAAGAAGGAAGUUGGCACUGGUGAACUACAGUCUAUUGAAGAGGGUGAACUGACUGACAAAAGAUUGCAGAGUAUGGCGCGAGCUUCGAUGGGCGCCCGCAACCGAGCAGUUUUCCGUCGUUUUCUCCACGAUAUUGGAAAUGAGGAGGCACGGCAAAUGGCAAAAACAUCUUUGCAGACAAUAGCACUAAUCCAUCCGGUUCCGGAAGGGAUUGAAAAGGCGGUGGAGGAGAGUGACAAGGGCUCAGCGGUCAGCAAACCGUACCCACAAGGUGCUUCUGAUGCAACUCCAACCGAUUGUGACCGCGGCGAAAGCGACACGACAUCACUUAAGCGGACGUUGCUGCAGAUGGUGCGUCUCGUUGCACAUACCGGGGAUGAUCCAGAGUUCAGCGCAUUGCUGUCCAACGCUAUUCUGGGUGUUUGCUCCUCACUGGGUCUAACCGAGCUUUCUUGA